CUCCCUCAAUUUGGGACUUUGCCCAGAUGAAGACAACUCUUCAAUCGUCAAGAUUAACCAAAGAGUUUCUGACCAAUCUGCCGUUAGCUUCUGUUAUUCUGCCUUACUAUGGAUAUGCAGAUGAAUGCAGGGGGCUUAUGAUUCAGCUGAGAAGUGGUUCCAGAAGUCUUUGGAACCUAAACAGACAUAUUUUGCUGAGGAACUACCCUGGUGAAGAAGAUGAGGUCAGACUUAUACUGAAGAAGAAGUCUUUACAAAUUUUAGUUGCAUUGCAUUGGAAGUUUCGAAUAAACAAAGAACAUGUCUUGGACACUAGACGAUUCAUGAUGAGUGAGUUUUCUAAGUUGUAUCAACUUGAGUUCAAAGUCUUUGAAUUUCAAUUAGUUGAUCAGAUGUUUCUAGAUAUCAUCUUUAAAGGAACUGACAUGAAAACAGUUACCAUCAAAAGUGUCAGCUUUGUUUAGAAAGUCCUACUAUUUAUGAAAUGAUGAUUUUAGAAGAUAUGAUCCCACCUUAAUUUUCAAUAAUAUGAAGGAAUUAGCAAAAGUGCUUCAUAAGGAAUUUGAAGUCUAUGAGCUCGAAGACUGAAAAUAUUUUGUCCCUCCUAAAAUAUUUGAGGUAAGAGAAGACUGCCGGGCUUUCAAAACUUGAGGUUCAGAGAAAAUCAUUUUUUGGAAAAGUUAUCCAGUCUUAGGAAAUGAGGACACUGAAAUGCUGGAAGAGGAAAGGUCACUUUGAAAAAUUAUAACACAAAUUAUGGAGAAUCUUGAGACAACACCAGUUGAACAAGUAUUCCGAAACAUUCUUUCUUCUGUCUUAGAGAUCAAAGUAUUUUUAAGAGAUAUUUCAGAUAAUAAUAUUUCUCUAACAGAGAUUUCUGAGAAACUAAAGCUGUGGAGCAAGGAUUAUCAACACCACAAUUGUAGACUCAAGACAAUAAGGCUUCUGGUUUUGUUUAAUGGACAUCCCCAUUCAAUUAAAGAAGAAUCGUUAUUUGGAAUUAUAGUUUCAUUCACACAGAGCUGUAUACAAAGUGGUCUUAGCUUACAGUUUAAGGAAGUUUCUUAUUCCAAUUCAGAGCCCCAGUUACAAACAAAUCUAGCAUAUUGGAUUUUCAAAGAUAAGGCCUUGGUCAUAAAGAAGUUUGAAAGCAGGUUUCAGUAUUAUUAUACACAUAAAUUUUGGACUUACAAAGAAUGCUUAGUGCUUGAUAAAGAAUCAGUCAAAAUUAAUAUCGACAUUAUUGAUGUUAUACCUCUUGAUGAUGUUGGUGUUAAUAAAGAAAUCCUCAAGAAUAACAAAAUUAUUAUUCCCAUGAAGAAUAUUUUGCGGUUCCAUAAAGAUAUAAGUAAACUUACACUUAAAAACAUCCCCUUGCUUCCAGUGAAAACUUUGACAGUUUCGAUCUGAUUGGACAAAGUGACUAAAAGGAUAUUGAAUCGAAUCAAAGUUCUGCACAAAGACACAAAAAUUGAAUUAGAGGUUUCACGCUCCUCUGAAAUCAGUAGAGACGAAGACAGUGAAAAAUUGACCAAGUUCUUUGACACUUAUGACUCCAAAAACUUGGUCUCAGUGAAAAUUAGUGGAGAUUUAGACGCUACGUAUGAGCUUAGUCAGUUUGUUGAAUUCCUACAAAGCAAGAAAAAUCUCAAAUCGUUAGAAUUCAGUAUUUCAAGAAAUUGGGGAACACAAAGUUGUAGUAAUACAAUAAAGAACUUGUUCAAUACUUUGAAGAAUCUUCAAAACUUAAGAUUUGUACGUAUUUCAGCUUCUGAUCCAUCCGCUCCAGUCAGCAACGACUUUCAUGAGAUGUCUAAGAGACUUAUAAGUCAAAGAUUAGAGACAAAAUUUGAAAUCACGAUUGGAUCAAAGGAAUAUCUUGACAGAUGUUCAAGAUUGACUAAGAAGUUCUCUCAUCUUCCUUCAUAAUUUUAAUCUUGCAAUCAACCGUUCUUAAAAUCCGACUCUCAC